UGCUGCCCCCUUUGGCGGCACGUGGUCUUUGCAAGUCAUGUACAUUGUUGUUGUAUUUUUUUUCCCAAUAGAUUUUAAUGAAUAUGGGAGGUAGGAUAAAUCGUCAUUAAAGUUUCAUCUUGUGGCAUACGUUCGGUAACAUACGGCAGUGAUGAGUAGUUAAAGUGAACGCCGUUUCGGGAACAAAACGAAACAGGGAGCGCUGUUUCGGCAGCUAGCGCUCAAGGCUAGUUAGCUCGAGCGAUAGCUUCCAUUACGCUCCCUUGCUUUUCCUUUUCAGAUACUUGUCGCCAAUGAAGCAUUCAUAAUUCGUCUUCGCACCGAGGCAGCCAUGAAGCAGCACCACCCCCGCGACGGCGACGGCGCGUUUCAGCACCAGGCGCAAACAUGCAAGAGACGGCGAGAUGAUCGGGAACAAAACGAGCGGGGGCAUAAAUCCGCCAACGCAAAGCACAACCAGUCCGAGGCGACGGCGCCGAGCGCUCAGACUCUGAGCGCCAGGAGGGAACUUUACGAAAGACCCUUCCCCCUGUACAAGCAGCCCGUGGAAGUGGGCUCCUUUUCCCUGGACUCUCGGCGCCGGUUCUUCAACGACGGCAGGCAGAUGAGGUACUACGCGGAACCUGAGAAAAGCCCGCAUUUCGACCUGAGUGACGGCUAUCGGGACCGUUACGUCCAGCGGGACGAAAACGUCAAGGAAAAGCUCGACCACGUCCUCCGCUGGAUCUUGGCCAACAGACCGAAGCUCACGCAGAAGGCGGACGCGUCAUCUUCAUCAGCGUUGGAUGUGGACUUUGUGACGUGGCGAGGUCACCUGACCAAACUUCUGACCACGCCCUACGAGACCCGAGAAGGUUGGCUGCUGGCCGUCACCAAAUUCAAGGGGACGCUCUACGUCAGCGAAGUGGAAACGGACGCCGCUCGGCGGGAACGGCAGAAUCGCACCGCCAGGCACCGGCAGAUGAUGUACUGGGGAUACAAGUUCGAGCAGUACAUGUGCGCAGACAAAAUGGACGGCUCCCCCGAUCCCAGCGGCGUGGUGGACACCAACGAGGCCUUCUGCACCGUGGUCCAAACCCGGCUCUCGGAUCACAGGCUGCUCUUCUCCGGCGAGGUGGACUGCCGGGACAGAGGCCCGGACGCUCCGGCGCCCCCCGCCUGCUACGUGGAGCUCAAGACGUCGGCGGAGAUCUGCACUCCCAAACAGCGGAGCAACUUUCGCAGGUUCAAGCUGCUCAAGUGGUGGGCGCAGUCCUUCCUGCCCGGAGUGCCCCGCGUGGUGGCAGGCUUCCGGGACGACGCCGGAGUCGUCGUCUCCGUGGAGACCUUUCGCAUCUCGGAGAUUUCGCGCCUCGUCAAGGCCGAGGACAAGUGUUGGAGGCCGACGGUCUGCAUGAACUUCUGCAGCGACUUCCUGUCUUUUGUCAAGCGCGUGGUCACCCGAGACCACCCCCGUGUGGUCUACCUGUUCUGCUGGAACCCCCACCGCGACGUCACCUACUCCGUCCACGUCGACUCGGCGCACUCGUUUUUACCAGACUGGUACGUCAAAGAAAUGAGCUGAAGAGAAGUCCCCCGACCCAAGUGUUGAUCCAUUUCGGAAGAAUUUCGCCCCCCCCAAAAAUCGACAAAGACAUCGCAAAGCAAACUCUCCGCAGAUUCCGGCAAAUUGAGGCGCCGACCCCAUCGCGGUUUGCAGUUUGUACGGAACGCAGCGAUCGCAUUAUUUCGUCUGAGGAAUGUUCAAAUGUCACAGCAACAAGAUGGGAGCGAGUGCAAUGUAAUGUCGCUUUGAUUGUGAAUGAUUUGCCCGUUAUUUGUAGGAAAAUAAAACAAAAAUAAAAACUA